ACCAUCCCAUUUUUAUUAUAUACAUAUGAUGUUAGAUAAAAUAUAAAAAAUGCAUGUUGUUAAUAAUUUAAUUAGGAAAUCUGAAAAUAUUGGAGUGACACUCUGAAGUCUGAACCACUCAUUAGGUUUCCAGUAAAACAUGUGAGAACGUGGGGAACGUGUCAAUGUUAUCUGAUUUUAAUGUAUGGGCUUCUUACAAGCCUCCUAAAAGCCUAUUGGGCUUUACGUAAUAAGAAACCAGACAAGAAAACUAAAACCAUUCAGACCGUGUAGUAAAAGUAUAUAAACCCUACGAGCGCCCCUCUCUCGAGUUGAAUCAAGACAGUCAUGGGAUCACUAAAGAGGAAAUCAUCAUGGAGCUCCAAAACCCUAGCUAAGUCAAAGAAGAGGAAAGGUCCUCACUUGCCCAACUCAAUACUCAAGAUGAUCGCCACUCAUAAACGUCCUUUGAACUCCGAUGACAAUGAGAUCGAUUCCGACGUUGAUUUGUACGAGUACGAAGAAGGCAUCCCUGAAGAGGAAUCAAGAAAAAACAACCGCUAUGAUCGCAUCGAUAACUACGAAUUCAAACUUCCAGAUGAUUUUGAGGAUGAAGACGUGGAGUCAGAGGAUGAUGAAGAUGGUGUGAACAGUGAGUAUGAUGGUGAUGAUGAUAGACACGCACGGAUGUUGCAAGUACUCACUGGGAUGCCAAGUGCAGCUUUUAAUAGUGAGAAUAAGAGCAAACCUCUGCUCUUCACUGAACCUUAUCCAGAAGGUGAAUUCAAUCCCACACGUGACGUUCUCUCGGGUAAAAACAUCCUCACCGAGGAAGACUUCUUGGCGCCUCUUGAAGAGUAUCACAAGACAAGCAAACAAAUCUCCCGGAUGAGGAAGGAUACUUACAAGUCCCUUGUUCACCCUCCUCUGCCGAAGCCAGACCGUGAAAGACUGGAACGUAAAGCGGCGAGAGGACUAGUUGAUGAGGAGUUUAGCAAGUGGGUGCAUCUGGUGAAAAGGAACAGGGAGGCCCCGACUGUUUACUUUAACCAAGAAGUCGUCAAUCUUGGAAAGUCUACGGUCGGCGCAAUAGCAUCGGAGUUUCAACCGAGGACUGAGUUUGAGAUGAGGAUGGCUUCUGUGCUUAAUGAUAAUGAGGUCUCAGAGGCUCAUAGAGAAGAUGGUGCUCGGCUUCUUGAAUUGAACCAGGUUUCUAUGGAAGACCACAUAAAGGACUAUAACCACAUUGCCAAGAUGCGGAGCCUUCUCUUUAACCAUGAGCGAAAGAGUAAACAGAUCAAGAAGAUUAAGUCCAAACUUUAUCACCGCCUCAAAAACAAAGACCUGAGGAACUCGGUGCUGGGAGCAUUAAUGGACCCAGAGAUGGCUAAAGAAGAGGCUAUGAAGCAGGAGGCUAGACGUGCAGAGGAACGUAUGACGUUUAAGCACAAGAACAGAGGAAAAUGGGCCAAACGAAUGGUAAGACGUGGACUGAAUGUGAAAUACAAUGGAACUGGGGAAGCUAUCACUGAGCAACUUCAGAUAAAUGCUGUUUUGUCGAGAAAGAUGAACUCCUUGAGAGAUGGAAGUAGCAGUGAUGAAGAAGAGUUGAGUGAUGGUUCGGAUCAGGAGACUCCUUAUAAAUUGGUAGCAAAAGCAAAGGAGAAGACGCUGAGAGCUUUGGAAGAUGAUGAAGUGUGCAACUCUGGUCUUAUGUCAUUACCUUUCAUGGUCCGUGCUAUGAAAAAGAAAAAUGAGGAAGCUAAUGAAGAAGCAAACCGUGCAGUAGAGGAGUAUGAAGAGUGGGAGAACUCUGGUGGAGCAGUAAAGCCUAAAAAAACAAUUAGUGUUAGUGGUAGAAGAGUGUUUGGUGCAACCGAAGCUCCAAAAGAGUCUAAAAAGGAUUCAGAUAACUUCUAUGACAACAACAGUGAUAGUGACAUAGACGAUAAUGACUUAGAGGAUGUAAGAGAUGUUGCCUCACCUUCUAGAAGAAACAAUGGAACCAUUCUCAUCUCAGGAGAUGAAGAAAGUGAAGAUUCAGAGAGUGAAGCAGAGCAAAUGGUGGACGGGAUCUUUGAAGUUCCUAGUCAAGCAGAGCUUAUAAACCGUGCUUUUGCUGGUGAUGAUGUGGUAGGUGAGUUUGAGAAGGAGAAGCAAGAGGUUCUAAAUCAGGAAGUUCCUGAACCGGAAAAGCCGGUUCUGCUUCCUGGUUGGGGACAACCAUGGCCUACCAAUAAGAGAGGUUAUCAUCAGAUCAAAACAACAAGGAAAGAAGAAGAUGCUCAGAGAAAGAGAGAGGAAGCUCUCAAAACAAGGAAAGACUUUCGUCUUAAACAUGUUAUCAUAUCAGAGAAGGUUGAUAAAAAGGCUGAGAAACUUCAUACUACGACUCCACCUUUCCCUUUUACAUCAAAGGAAGUUUUCGAACAUAGUAUGCGUAUGCCUAUAGGACCCGAGUUUAAUCCCUCUACUGUUGUUGGAGAUCUAAACCGUCCAGAGGUUGUGAAGAAGACUGGAGUCAUAAUCAAACCCGUGAAGUUUGAAGAAGUAAAUCCAAAUGAGGAAGUAGAUGAUGAACACCCUCGAAACCAUCAGAAACCAAGACUCAAUAAGAAAACUAGUAGACGCCAAAGCAAAGUCAAGUAAAAGAUAAAAGCUCCAAAGAUUGUUCCAUUUCUUAUACUUAAAAGCUCCAAAGAUUGUUCCAUUUCUUAUACUUUAUUUAGAAACAUUUGUUGAUCCCAUGGGAUGAGUUUUGCCUUUGUAACUUGUCUUAUUUUAUAAAAUAUUUGACAUUUUGCUGUUUCUUUCAA